CCACAACUUGUACAGAGGACAUCUAAAGAAUAAAUCUGUGUAAUCUAAAUCUUUUUAAAAUUGAGGUUUUCUCUUCAAAUCGACAAAAUGAGUAUGAUGUAUGCAAAGGUUGACACAAUAAUGAAACCUUCUGAACUGCCAACAAAGAUCACGGCAGAGCUGAUCUACUGGGGUCUACCUCGCAUCGACAUAGAGCCGUGCUGCUGGAAGGACUACAGCAUCGGCAUCCAGUCCCUGGAGAACCUGCGGAAACUGGAGCACGACCGCCAGCCCGCCUACACAAACCCCGCCAAUCUGGCGCACCGGCCCAAGCCACAGAACUGGCACCAGAGGCUCAAGAUCCGAGUCUGGAACGUCGUGUCCGACCCCUCCUCCUCCAGGGUCGCCAAGUACUACUUCUUGUUUUCCAUGGGAACCACCGUGCUCAGCAUCCUGCUGUUCUGCCUCAGCACCUUGCCCCGAAUCCGGCUCCUUGCCGACACAGCCGACGACCAGCUGGACCGGAACCAGCGCCUGUUCAUGAACUUCCUGUUCACACUGGACACCGCCUCGGUCCUCUACUUCCUCGUGGAUUUCCUCCUCCACCUGACCUGUUGCCCGACCCGCCGCCUCUACCUCGUCUCCUUCGACUCGCUCAUCGACAUCGUGCCCCUCCUGCCCGACCUCAUCAGCUUCGGGAUGGAGGUGUACAUCCGGCUCAUGUCGGCCAGCGCGUACCAUCAGGCGUCCGACUACUCUUUCACCUUCUUCCGCUCGCUGCGCGCGUUCCGCGUGUUUCGGCUGUUCCGGCGCGUGAAGCCUCUGUGGAUCAUCGUGUACACCAUGCGGGCCAGCGCCAAGGACAUUGGCAUCAUGCUGGUCAUGCUCUACAUCACCGUGGUCGUGUUUAGUGGCGUCAUCUUCCACCUGGAGGACCACAUCACCUUCUCCAGCAUCCCGCGCAGUUUCUGGUGGAGCAUCAUCACCAUGACGACGGUGGGCUACGGGGACAUGAUGCCCACCACGCUGCUGGGCCGCCUGUGGGGCUCACUGGCCGCCUUCGUGGGCCUGCUGGUGCUGGGGCUCACCAUCCCGACCCUGUCGCAAAACUUCACGGACGUCACGCAGAACGUCACACUCAUCCUCGACCGUCACGUUGGGGUGACGGACGCCGGCAUGACGCGGGUCCGAGCGGCCGCCGGCGGUUACAGCGUCAGGGACGGCUCCAGUGUUCUCAAACUCAGGUCCACGAAGAACAAGGAGCAGCAGCAGGAACAGCAGCAGGAACAGCAGCAGGAACAGCAGCAAGAAAAACAAUAACUGCAUGAAAUAAGCAGCACUUACAGCUGGAGACAGCGGGAGUAGAGGCAGGAGAAACGAAGGAAAGGACAACUGCAGGCAAAACAGGAGUUACUGUUCUGCAGGAGCUGUAAGGGAGGCUGCAGUUGUUGUAUUAGAGGGACGGACAGCCCGCAGCCACAGUAAGAUUGGUAGGGUGUAGAAGCAAUGGGAGUGAGUGAAGCACAGGUAGAGGCUAGGGCAUGAGUGAGAGAAGAGAAGCAGAAGUGGAGGCCAGAGCAUGAGAGAGAGAGGAG